AACAUCCCAAUGUGACUUACCUUGGAAAACCUAUGUUUUAAUGCUGUCUUCGUCUAGCGGCUCAAAGUCUACAACAUGUUUCUUACCGCUGCAAAUUUGGCCAAGGCGAAAUCAAAGACCAUCCUGGUGCAGAUGAUGAGCGCCGCAGGGACGGGCUACUGCUUCAACACGAAGAGGAACCGACUCCGGGAGAAGCUGGUGCUGCGCAAACACGACCCGCGGGUGAACAAGCACGUCCUGUUUUUUGAGAAGAGGAAGAUCAGAUCCAUUUGACAACGCACCAUCUGGACAACAUCAACCUGCUUUGUUUGAACAGACUUUUUGUUUUUAUUGUCAAGACGUUUUGUCAAGUCAACAUUUCGGUUUGGCUGGUCGAGGAGUUGGCAAAGGAUUUCUGCUGCUGAUCUGCAAACAAAGACCUUAAACAAAGACCGUUACUCUGCACCGGAUCAGCAUGAUGCAAACCCCGGCUGAGCCGCAAGAAAAUCAAUCCGAAAGUAAUGUUUUUGGAGGCGAGCGUGUCAUUAAUUAAGAUUCAGCAAAGUGUUUUGCAGCUUUAAAUUUCAACUGAAACCAAUUGUGAAAUGUGUGAAUUAUUAAACAGUUCAAAACAA